AUGAACUAUUUGGCUGACCACACUACCUUUGUUGGUUUGGUAACUGAUAGUUGGAACAUGGAGGAUAGGGGACACCUUAUGGAGCAGAUAUGGUGCAAACUGGUAAGGAUUAAAAACAAAUUAAAAUCCCUACACAAGGAGGAGUUUGCUCAUGCUGCUGAGAAGAUUGAACACUAUAGAGGAGAAUUGGAUUCUGUGCAAACUCAGCUUAGAGUUUGUGGUUCUUCUCAUCUAUUAGCUGCUGAGAUUGAUCUGGUUUGCAAACUUAAAAAAUGGCUUGGAAUUGAGGAGCAAGCUUUAAAGCAGAAAUCUAGAGUGCAAUGGCUAAAGCAAUUAUCAAAGCAAAAAUUGGAGUUUUUUACAGGAAACUCUUGGGGUCAGCUGCUGUAUCACUCCCUAGCAUUGACUUGCCUACUAUCAGAAAUGGUGUUCUGCUCUCUCCUAAGGCACGAGCUUCCUUGUAAGACUUGGUCAAUUCUGAAAAAGGAUAUCUAUGCUGCUGUUUUUGAUUUCUUUAAUGCUGGUGGGGUGUUGGGGAAGUUUAAUUGCACUUCUGUCACUUUGGUCCCUAAAAUCCCUUCUCCCACUUCUGUUUCUCACUUCAGACCUAUUUCUUGUUGCACUACUGUAUACAAAAUAGUGUCUAAAGUUCUCAUUGCUAGACUACAGAAAGUAGUUGCUGAGGUUGUUUAUGAAUAUCAAGCUGGCUUUGUUCCUCGUAGAAGUAUUUCAGAUAACAUUAUUGUGGCCACUGAGUUAAUUAAAGGAUACAAUAGAGCUCAUAUGUCUCCUAGGUGUAUGGUUAAAGUUAAUCUGAGGAAGGCUUAUGACUCAGUGGAAUGGCCUUUCCUCUUCAUGAUUCUGCAGGAGUUGGGUUUCCCUCCAUUGUUCAUUCACUGGAUUAAAGGGUGUGUGACUACUGUUUCUUAUUCCAUUCUUGUUAAUGGUAAUCCUAUGCCACCUUUUGCUGCUAAGAAGGAUCUUAGACAAGGAGAUCCACUGUCUCCUUUCCUUUUUGCCAUCUGUAUGGAAUAUCUGAGCAGAUGUAUGAAAUCACUAGUGUCAAAUCCAGAUUUCAACUUUCAUCCCAAAUGUGAAAAACUGCAGUUGACUCACUUGAUGUUUGCUGAUGAUCUCUUGCUUUUUGCUAGAGGUGAUUUGAUUUCCUUGCAACUAAUCUUUAAAGCUUUCACUUGCUUCUCUAAAGCUUCUGGUUUGGAAGCUAACAUGGAUAAGACAGAAGUGUAUUUUUCUGGUGUGCACCCAAUAGAACAACAGGCAAUUAUGGAGGCACUUGGGAUUACUAAAGGGUCCUUGCCUUUCAGAUACCUAGGAGUUCCCUUGUCUAGUUCUAAACUGACUAUUGGUCAGUGUAAGCCACUCAUUGAUAAAUUCUAUACCAGGGUUACAAGUUGGGUAUCAAAGAAGCUCUCCUAUGCUGGUAGACUUCAGCUUGUUAAAGUAAUUUUGUUUAGCUUGCAAACUUACUGGAGCCAAAUUUUCAUGUUGCCAAAGAAAGUUGUGAGAGAGAUUGAAAGGAUUUGCAGAACUUAUCUAUGGACUGGAGAUACUAAAACAUCUAAGAAAUCCCCAAUUGCUUGGGAUUCAGUUUGCAAACCUAAAGUAGCUGGUGGUCAAAAUGUGAAGAAUUUCCAUUUAUGGAAUAAAGCAGCUAUUCUGAAACUUCUAUGGGCUCUUGCUUUCAAACCUGAUGCCUUAUGGGUAAAGUGGGUUAAUGCUUACUAUGUCAAAGGUAAGGAUAUGUAUACUAUGCCUAUUCCUGCUUCUGCUUCUUGGAUGAUUAAGAAAAUUUGGUCUUCCAGAGAUCUUUUGGAUACUCAUGGUGACUGCAAACAAGUAUUUCUUGCUGCUGGAAAGUUCUCAAUUAGGAAAAUGUAUUCAGCUUUGACUGGUAUAUUGCCUAAGGUUGCUUGGAGAAGAUUGAUUUGUAACAACAGGGCUAGCCCUAAGAGCUUGUUCAUUCUCUGGUUAGCUGUUCAAAGCAGACUGCCUACCAAAGAUAGACUGCAAAAUUGGGGUAUUCCUACUGAUGGUUUGUGUCCUCUAUGUAGCACUGAUCUUGAAACUGUGCAGCACUUAUUCUUUCAAUGCUCUUACUCUCAGCAAGUGUGGCAGCAAGUGUUACAGGUGCUUAAAAUUCAGAGACCAAGCUUUGGUUUUGAUCAAGAGAUUCAGAUUGCAGUUAGAAUGUGUAAGAGAUCCUCUGGUACUAGUAAAUUGUUCAUUGCUGUGUUUGCAGAAGUGGUGUAUGGUCUGUGGAUUCAAAGGAAACAAAGAGUCUUUGCUGGCCACUCUCAAGUUCCUGAUCAUAUUGUUAGAGCAGCUAUUUUUAGAGUAGCUUGUAGAUGUAAAGAGUCUGAUUUGCAUCUGUUGCUGUAUUGA